AGCUUCCGGUUCAAUAUGGCGACGAGUGUAUUUUCUAGUGGUGACUCAACCAUAAUCUUUGAAGAUAAGUUGUAACACCAAGUUAUUCAUUUUAAGUGAUAUGCUUAUGUGCAUUUGUGAUGAUCAAAGACGCUCGUCAAUACAUCGGAGGUUCAACAGGGAUGAAGGAUAUCCAGAAAACACUUUAUUUCCGUCUGGUGGGAACCCAACGAUGAGCAUGCAUGCCACUGAAAACUCGGUUUGCGUCAGUUGUUUGUGUUCUUAUUGUGUGUUGACAUUGCGGUGGCAAUCAGUUGGACAUGAUCUGAACACUUUAUCGUUUCCUCCUCUUAACAUUAACUUGGUCAGUCCUAAAAAUGGAUGAACAGGCUCUAAAUGAGCUGUUAGAAUGUUCUGUCUGCCUUGAGAGAUUGGAUCACACUAGUAAAGUUCUUCCCUGUCAGCACACUUUUUGUAGAAGGUGUCUUGAGGAGAUAGUGAGUACAAAAAACGAACUUCGCUGUCCAGAGUGUAGGACUAUUGUGACAAUCAAAGUUGAAGAUCUACCGCCAAAUAUCUUGUUAAUUCGCCUUUUGGAGGGUAUAAAAACACAAGGACAGUUACAUGGUCAAACUACAACAACUGAAACUCCUUCAAGCAGGACUGACAGCCCAGGUGUCCCAAACACCAUCUCACAGCCACGACAACAAAGACAGAAUGCCCCGUGUGCGAAAGCACUGUACAAUUAUGAAGCGAAGGAGAGUGGGGACCUGUCCUUCAAGAAGAACGAUGUAGUGAUACUGCGGAAGCAGAUAGAUGACAACUGGUUCCAUGGAGAGCUGAAUGGACAACAUGGCUUCUUCCCUGUCAACUAUGUGCAGGUGUUGGUGGCAUUACCCCAGUUGCCUCAGUGUCAGGCAUUGUACGACUUUGAUCUCAAGGACGAGAAGGAAAAGGAUUGCCUGUCCUUUCAAAAGGAUGAAACUCUGACAGUAAUACGAAGAGUGGAUGAAAAUUGGAUUGAAGGCAGGAAAGGGGAUAAAAUUGGUAUAUUCCCUGUGACGUUUGUUAAGUUAAAUGAUGCUGCUAAAAGCCUUCUCAACUCCAAGCCAAGUGUGAGUAUCCUACAGGCCAGUAAUAACACCCAAUCAGGGGGACGUAACUCUGAUAGCUCAGAACGAACAACAUCGGCGUCGGAGACUCAUCGGGUCACCUCACCAUCUGUUACCUCGGUCAACCCAGCCUUGUUGGCUUCCCACCCCACGUCUCAACCCAAACGGCAUUCAUUCACCCUCGCCCCCCAGAAAUCCCCGUCCCCUCCCACCCAGCAUCAGCGGCGCUCACUUGAACUGGGCAGCAGUAGCAGCAGCUCGGGGGCAUUCAGUAUUCCCAGCACAUCAGCUGGGUCUGUGGGGGGAACGUCCACGCCGCCCCUCACUGCCGCCGCUACAGCCGCCGCUGCUGCUGUCGUCACCACCACAACUAGCUCCUCUACCUCAACUCCGAAAUCGGCACCACAAACAGUACAGGCAGGAACAGAGUCAUCGAGCGGUUCUUCAACCACAACCACCGGCAGUGCAGGGGGAGACAACUCUGUCAUGCCAAGUGGGCUCACACCAGUGUAUGUUGCCACGUACAGCUACAAGCCUCAGAAGGACGAUGAGCUGGAACUGAGGAAGGGUGAUGGGUACACCGUGUCGGAGAAGUGCCAGGAUGGCUGGUACAAAGGCCAGUGUCUCAAAACAGGGAGUACAGGGGUGUUCCCUGGAAACUAUGUACAGCUAUACAGGCACCAGAGUGCAUUCAAGCCAGUCAGUCCCAAUGUGUUGAACAUUCGAGCCCGAGCUCCUCAGACAAACUCCCACUCUUCUGCAUCCUCUGACUCUAACAACAUCAAUGUCACCAAUCUCGACUUAAGCCGCACCUCUACUUCAAGCCAGUCCUUUCAGUCUAGCUCGAGCCAGUCAGCACCCCCACCUCUCCUCCCCCGAGCACCAAAGACUUACACAGCCUCUUCACCCUCCAGCGGCAGCCAUUCCUCCAGGGCAUCCAAAGCAGCAAUCACAGUUCCACCUCCAGGGUACAGCUCCUCCAGUUCUUCCAAGUCAAGUUGUCAUGUGUCCGCUUCCAGCCAAGGGCCUGCUCACUCCACCACAACGGUUCAUCUUCCAAAACGAGGUAGCCAUUCCUCGUCCCCCAGUGGGGGAUGGAGCUCAUCUAGCCUAGCUGCUAUGCACCAUUCCAUGUCAGCAUCGACCAACAUCACUCCCCCCAACGUAGUGCUGGGAGCCACAGGGGAAAGUCACCACUCACACUCUGGUAAAGACAAGAAGGAGAAAAAGGAGAAGCAUGACAAACACGACAAACACGACAAGCAAUUUACUAAGCAGCAUGAAGCACUCCACAAGGAUCCAAAGGAGCACAAGGAACGAAAGGACAAGGAGAAGAAAAGUCUUGUUAAACGACUUGCCAGUAAAAGUAAAAAAUCAAAAUCGCCAGGCGAUGAUGGUGAAACCUCAGCACUGUUGGAGGGGUCUGUAACACAUGUCAGGUCUGGGUCGUACCAGUCGGCUGAGAGUGGAGCAGGGGCAUCAGGAGACAGCAGUCAGCACAAGAAGACCGGGUCCUUUGACUCCGCCUCACCACCCCCAUCCAAGCCAAGUAGACCCAAACCACUAGCCAGAGAAAAGUUCCGAUGCAUUGUGCCAUACCCUCCUCAGACGGAUCAUGAACUGGACCUUCAGUGUGGUGACAUUGUGUUUGUACACAAGAAACGUGAGGAUGGAUGGUUCAAAGGAACUCUCUCGAACAGCAAGGCGGGAUUGUUUCCAGGAAGCUUUGUAGAAAAGUGUGAAUAGACACAUCAAAAGUGGACAGUUUUUUAUUGAGAGAUUUUUAAUACAAUAUCUGUUAACAAACAGAUUGCACAAUUUUAAGCAGUGAGCUGUUGCUUUGACUUUGCUACAGAAGAAAGCUGUAGAGUUGAUAGCCAUAUUCAACUAAGCUGCUUUUCUAUUGGUUGCCAGUGGGUUGCCUUCUGUGACCAGUAUUGUGAUUGGCUGCAGUCUGUGUAAACUGAGUUCUGAUUGGCUGCAUCCAGUUUGAUGUUGUGGCCUUGCUUCAGACAGACUUUAUUCAUGAUCAUAUCAUCUCACUGAUAUCACUGAUCACAUGACCUUUCUUCACUUAGGAUAGCACUUGAUUCAAGUUUCAACAUCUGACAUUUGUUUCAGAAUCGAUGGGAUGCAACAACCGAGGAGUGAUUUUAGUUCCCCUGAUAAGUGUUGUGUAUUAGAGACCGGCAGCCAUAUUUAGAAGUUAUCAAAAAUACAUUUUUAUCAAGGACUGAAGAGAAUUACCCAUUUUCUGAUAUAUUUAUUUCAUGAUCAGUUUUGCAGGGUUUUCUUUGUCGAGAUUUACCAAUAUAUCUAUAUUCAUUUUUGUGAAUCUCUUAAUCAAUGGUGUUUUAGUUUCACCUACUUAAGUUUAACUCCCUGAUGCAUAUUGUCAGCUGAUUCCUUUCUCUCAAGGCACAAAAAUUAAUUCAUUAUGUUAUUAAGGGGUUCCUGUCACAUAUUUGCCAGUAGGAUGUUGUAGAGGGGCAGCUGGGUAGCCUCGUAGUUAAAGCGUUCGCUUGUCACACUGAAGACCCGGGAUCGAUUGCCCACAUGGGUACAAAGUGAAGCCAAUGUCUGGUGUCCCUGCCGUGAUAUUGCUGGAAUAUUGCUAAAAGCGGCAUAAAACCAUACUCACUCACUCAGUAUGUUGUAGAAUCAAGUGGUAUCCUGAUGUGUCUCCAUGAUGUGCUCACUCGGACUGGACUCCAUGGGGAGUAUACUGCGGAACAUUUGAAUCCAUAGGCAUAACUCUGUUUGUGUCCAUGUAACACACUGUCACUCCUCAUGCCCCUCUGGUAUGGGUGUAAUAUAUAAUAAACAGCAGCAGGGUUCUGCACAUGUUACUUACUGAGGUGUACAUACACCAGCGCCACAGCAAGUCUUCGUCUUACAAAUGUAUCACCAAUUCUGUCUCUUUAUUCUGUGAUGGUCAACAAAAGGGAGGUUGAUGUUUCUUCUUUUCCUCCAGACAAUCAGUCUUAUCUUGACUUUCAGAUAACUGGCCUCGAUUUCUCGAAACAAACUCAAGUUUUUACUCAAAUUUAAAACUGAGUUUGAGAGUUUGAAACAGCUGAGGUUUUAAUUCAGUUGCAGUUCUAAAACCAAAAGUACUAAACAACUCAUCUACCUAUCUACCUAACUCAAAUUGUCGACUAAGUCCAUUUCAGUUUAUUCUGGGAAAUGCAUUUUUCUGCUUUUUCUCAAAUUUGAGUGAAAACUUCAACUUAACUCAAAACUCAGAUUUUAAGUUUGUUUCUGAAAUCAGGGCCUGGGGUGUUUAAUUCUGGUAAUUGACCAGCAUAUUUAUUGAACGGUUGAUAUUGUACAACAGAGUUUGGUUGUAUGAUGAACAAGUGCUAGGCCAGGUGUCACCUGAAAGUCUGCCUUGUGUCAAGUCUGUAGUGUGGCAGUGAUGUUGCAGAAUACAACCAUUAAAAGGUCAGAAACAGUUCAUUCCAGCAAAACAUGCUCUUUCACUCACUCGCAACAAUUUGAAACAAUUUCACUCUGAAUUUGAAAGUAAUGAUUAUACAUUCACUGCUAUGUAGUCCAAAGUUUUGUGUGGUGAUUUUUAGGCGAAAACUUCACAAUAUGUGCAGAAACAUAUCGUGUUGCUCAUGUUACGGAACAACCUACUUCUUAUUACACCCAUACAACUUUGUUUAACUCAUCUUAAUAUCAUGAAGUGAGAAUCUUGAAAGACUGUUUGACUUGGGCAAGUCUGCAACUCUCAAAAUAAAUAUAAUUCAUUCAUGGAAGUA